AUGGAGAUCGCCUCGUGCGUGCAGCACGAGUCUCCGCGCCCCUCAUCCGUCUGCCGCCGUGCCACAGGCGACACGGCGGUGCUGGCUGCGGUCUACGGCCCGGCCGAGGUUCGCGUGAGCCGGGAGCAGUCGGACCGCGCCACGCUGGAGGUGAUCCUCAAGCCCAAGACCGGCCUCCCCGGCGUGCGGGAGAAGAGCCAGGAGCAGUUUGUGCGCGGCGUGCUGGAGGCGACGCUGCUCUCGUCGCUGCACCCCCGCACCUCCAUCACGCUGGUCCUGCAGGUGGUGCACGACGCCGGCGCCCUGCUGGCGUGCUGUGUGAGCGCCGCCUGCAUGGCGCUGGCGGACGCGGGGCUGGCGCUGCGCUGCCUCUUCUGCGGCGUGGCCUGCGCCAUCGCGCGCGACGGCACCAUCGGACUCGACCCCGACACCAGCGCAGAGAAGGAGGGCCGAGCGCUCGUCACGAUCGCCCUGGACAGCAGCGGCAAGAACAUCCUGGCGUCGUCCACCAAGGGGCGACUCGACGCCACCGAGUACCAGCGCUGCGUGGCGCUCAGCCGGGAGGCGUCCACCAAAGUUUUUGAGUUUUACCGCGACUCCAUCAGCAGGCGCUACUCCAAGUGCUGAAGACCGACGUCGCUGAGACACGCGGAGACACGCGGAGACACGGAUUUGUGGAGUCGGGGAUAUGUGGAGUCGAGGAGAUGCACAGACACGGAGACGGGGACGCGCGGAGACACGAUGACUCGAAUACGGAGACACGUGGAGACGGAGACACGUGGAGACGGACACGCGGAGGCACAGAGACGUGGAGACACGGACACGUGGAGACUCGAACUCGUGGACGAACAGAGAGCAGCUCUCUCUAGAGCUCUUACUUUCUCCAUUCAUGUUCAUACCUUUCUCAAGGAGAAACGAAUAGAAAUCAGAGCAAAAACAACUGCUGCGAGUCGUGUGUGUGAGAGUGUGUGUGAGAGUGUGUGUGUGAGAGUGUGUGUGUGAGAGUGUGUGUGUGAGAGUGUGUGUGUGAGAGUGUGAGAGUGUGUGUGUGAGAGUGUGUGUGUGAGAGUGUGUGUGUGAGAGUGUGUGUGUGAGAGUGUGUGUGUGAGAGUGUGUGUGUGAGAGUGUGCGAGAGUGUGUGUGAGAGUGUGUGUGUGUGAGAGUGUGUGUGUGAGAGUGUGUGUGUGAGAGUGUGUGUGUGAGAGUGUGAGAGUGUGUGUGCGAGAGUGUGUGUGAGAGUGUGUGUGUGUGAGAGUGUGUGUGUGUGAGAGUGUGUGUGUGUGAGAGUGUGUGUGUGUGAGAGUGUGUGUGUGUGAGAGUGUGUGUGAGAGCGUAACUCGAUGGCGACUUGCCAAUGACCGGUACCAGCGGUGUCAUGGUUGGCCUCAGUGGAGGAGGCUUGUGAAGGACGCUACUGCGCAGUUGGAGGCAGUCGCUCUCCAACAACAACGGAGGGCGGAGGAGCGACGCUCACAACAACGAGCGGGGCGCCGGGCGGCUAAAAAGCUGCAAGGUCGGCACAGUGGGUGGGGGAGCACAGGUUGUGUGCCGGUCGUCGCAGUCGGUCAACACCAUGGCACCAUGGUCUCUCCCCGUGAUCUCCCAGCUGCGGCGAGACUUCCUCGCUUUCACGCGGCCUCGAGGUGCACCUCGCCUGGCACGGGGCGCCGUACCCACGUCGCCGCCGCCGGCAGUUGAACGGAUAACGGCCGUGUGGCGGCCGUUCCGUAACUCUAGCCGCGUGGCCGCACGCGGUGACCUGAACGCGCAAUCACUGUAUGUUUGUGUGGCGGUGUUUUUUUUAUAUAUUUGUAGAGGAAAGCGGCGGCGGCGGUGGCGGUGGGCUGCCAUGUUUUGCAAGAGGCGUUUAAAUAAAUGACUUGUUGAAAACGAUUGUAGCGGUCGCCGGGG